AUGGACCCCGACACCUCCCCCUCCCCCGCCGACCAACCACCCAUAUUUAACUACGUCCUCUCCUUCCUCCUCGUCGGCGUCGCAUGGGGCUUCACGACCCCUUUCAUCCGCCGCGCCGCAGCAGACUUCAACGCGCGCCAGGAAUUGCAUCAGCAAUCGCAUGACGAAUCUCCAUCCUCCUCGAACCCACAAGACCGCGAGACAGUGGAAGAACAAGAACUCCAAUCUCGUCGUCAACGCCGGCAUCGUGACGAAGCGCACUCGGAGCAGGAAACGGAGCCGUUGCGCGAAGGCGGGUCGGAUUCGGACGAAGAUGGAGAUGAGGAUCAUCCGCCGCCGGAGGCCCGUCCGGCGUGGAUGAAUCAGGAUCGGAAUCAGGGCCGGAGCCUGACUUCCUCUGUGAAAACGAAGGGGAAAUCGAGCUGGUUGAAGACGAAAAUCGUCGGUGUCUUUUGGACGGUGGUGAAUUUGCUGCGGACGCCUGCGUAUGCGAUUCCUCUGGUUGUUAAUUUGACGGGGAGUGUGUGGUUCUUUUUACUGGUUGGGAAACAUGAACUAUCUCUAACCGUUCCCCUCGCGAAUUCGAGCGCCUUUCUAUUCACCGUGCUGGGAGAAUGGUAUGUUGAGCGCAAGGUCAUUGAGAAGGAGACGUGGUUGGGCAUGGCGCUUGUAUUGGGAGGAAUUGCGAUUUGUGUGAAGUCGAAGGGAUCUUAA